AUGGUCGAGGUGGAGAGAGCAUUCGACGUAAUGGAGACACCGCCGGAAAGGAUGGUUAAGGUGGUCGCAUAUAAAUUGAAAAGCGGGGCAGCCGUUUGGUGGGAGCAAUUACAACGAUCACGGACCCGGCAAGGAAAAGGUCUUGUACAGUCUUGGAGACGGAUGAAGGGGUUAAUGAAGGAUCGGUUUUUACCAUCCGACUACGAGCAACACCUGUACAAUUUAUACCACAAUUGUUCGCAAGGUAAUAGAUCGGUGCAUGAAUACAUAGCUGAAUUCUUACGUCUGGCAGAUCGCAAUAAUCUGCGAGAGUCUGAGAACCAACAAGUGCCACGAUAUUUGAACGGGUUGAGGGUCAAUAUACGUGAUCGAAUCGGUCUACAAGCAGUUUAUACCAUUGAUCAGGCUCAGAGUAUGGCGUUGCGAGCAGAGGAAUUUGAAAAACAGAAGAGUGUGAGUAAUUAUCGGAGAUCCACUCUAGAAUAUAAUCCACCUGUUGACAAAGGUAAAUCGGUAGGGCAAAAUCUUACUCCUAAUACCCCACCACCGCGACCACAACGGGUGCAGACAAGGCUGGGCAACGCAGUCGGUUCGAGCAACCAAACCCAACCUCGACCUAACAACAACAACCCCUAUGCUAGACCAGCCCCAAAUCUUUGCUAUAGGUGUCACAAGCCUGGCCAUCGAUCUAUCGUGUGCCCAGAACGCAAGCCGGUUGGAAUAGUAGAUGGCGUGGAAGAAGAUGGUGAGUUCGAGCAGAGUCUUGAGGAUGACAAUCAGGAAGAUUACAAGAGGGCAGAAUUAGCUGAGGAAGAAGGGGAUCGAGUCAAUUGUGUAGUGCAACGUGUUCUAUGUGCAGCGAAACAACUAAAUCAGCGGAAUAAUCUAUUCCGUUCUUACUGCUCCGUUAACAAAAAGGUGUGUGAUUUAAUUGUGGAUAAUGGUAGUUGCGAAAACUUUGUAGCUAAACGGUUGGUGGAUUAUCUGAAAUUACCAGUGGAGAAGCAUCCAUUGCCGUACUUGAUUGGAUGGGUUAAGAAGGGACCGACGGCUAAAGUAACUGAACAUUGCCGAGUGCCCCUCUCCAUCGGGAAACACGAUUCCAGCGAGAUGCUCUGUGAUGUUAUUGAUAUGGAUGCUAGCCACGUCUUAUUGGGGAGGCCGUGGCAUUAUGAUGUGGACGUUAUUUAUAGGGGUCGCGAUAACUCGUGCAUGUUUCAAUGGGGAGGUCGAAAAAUUAUCAUGCUUCCAUCGAACGAUCCCGUUCGGGAGACAAAGGCAGUUGAUAGACCAGUAUUUUCAAUCUCUCAGUCAGAAGGAGAGUUCGUGAAUGAGAUGAAGUCGGCAGAUGAGUGGUAUAUGAUGAGCUUCAAGCUAUUAGGGGUUCAAAAUGAGCAGGAUGACCACGAGUCAAAACCGGUGACUCCUGAGUUGGUGCAACCACUAAUCGCUGAAUUUAGCGAAUUGUUGUCUGAUGAACUACCCAACUGUCUUCCACCGAUGACAAAUAUUCAGCAUCACAUUGAUCUCGUGUCUGGCGCUAGCUUACCAAACCUUUCCCAUUAUCGAAUGAGUCCUCAAGACUCUGAGGUGUUGCGGGAGAAAAUAGAAGAAUUGUUGCAGAAGGGAUUUAUUAUAGAGAGUAUGAGUCCGUGUGCAGUUCCAGUGCUACUCGUGAAGAAGAAGGAUGGCAGUUGGCAAAUGUGUGUUGAUAGUCGGGCAAUCAACAGGAUUACCGUCAAAUAUCGUUUUCCCAUCCCGCGACUUGAUGAUAUGUUGGAUAUGUUGGAGGGCUCUAAGCUAUUCUCGAAAAUUGACUUAAGGAGCGGUUACCAUCAAAUUCGGAUUCGACCAGGGGACGAGUGGAAAACAUCAUUUAAAAUGAAGGAUGGGUUGUACGAGUGGUUAGUGAUGCCAUUCGGACUAUCAAACGCACCGAGCACAUUUAUGUGCGUGAUGCAUUAG